AUGAGCAGUGCGAACCGCGCGACAAUGCCCGGGGCGUCAGCGCUAUUCUCCGACGACGAACUCCCUUGGUACCUGUCCUGGUGGCAAGAGCACUAUGGUAGGGAAAUCAGAGAUGCUAAAGAAGUUGCUUUGCCAACCGCAUACGAAUAUCUAGAUUACAUGCAGUGGAUGUACAGACAUGAGUCAGAUCCAGCGCAGGAUGAGGCAUCUGAGAAGAGAGAAGAUACAACGCUGCCGCCCUCAAACCCGACUUCUAGUACAGCACCCGCAAACCAUGCCGUACGCGCGACGCGCUGCAAACACCUCCUCCAUCCAGGGCACCCAGCUUCUGCACCGACUACUGCAGAGCCGAAUGGCAGUAAUGGCGGCAAUGGGAAUUGCAUGGCCGCAUGGUGUCCAAAAUGCAUCAUGAGGAUACACGUGCGAAUGGUCAAUGAGCUGUGGCCGCGCUGGACUGCUCUAGGUGGGCCCUGGCGCAAAGUCCCUGACGGCGCAACAGGUGAGGACUACGCCAAAGCCAAAGAAGCGUUCCGAAUCCGUAAGGUCGACCUUGUCAACGCCAUGGAGGAGUUGGAAUCUAUCGCACAACUCGAGGCGGCGUGGGAGGCAGCAAACCCAGAUGCCAAGAUCAGCGAAGCCAUGAAAGAGCAGGGAGCGUCUUCGACGGUGGACAUGUACCACCAGGCCAAUACGUAUCUUGGAGAGUCAAGCAAAGAAAGUAUUUUGCCUCCGUCUGCGCCUGAGACGCCGAUGCCGACGCCGUGGAAGGCAAAGAGGAAGCGACUGAGUUACUCGCCAGGCACACCUGAAGACACACGUCACCGAUCAUACGACAAAUAUGCUCGUGGCUGCUACACCUACGAUCCCAAGUCGCCGCACGCCUGUCCAGAUGAAGAGGGCUGGGAAGACACGGCACUGCGCCAAGAUUGGCGCUUCAAUGUCCGCCAGUGCCGGCUGCUGUACUGCGACAAAGAUCCAGAUGAGCCAAAUGUAGCCUACCGAGAGCUCACCGACGAUAAGUCCAAAGACCGGCUGCUAGCGAGUAUCGAUACGUGGUUAGCCACAAUUGAGCGCGAGUCGAUUCCUAGCUGGAUUACGAUACUGAAGGAUACAUCGGACAUAUUUAUUGCGUGGGAGUGCGAUGAGGACGACGACAAGGAGGAAGUGGGCUUCCGCAAUUGGCAGAAGAUAGUUACACUGGUGGACACGAAUCUUGAGGCUUUUGCGCGGGCGGUUGGGGAUAUUGACGAUGAGGAUAUCGCUGAACAUCAGCUGAAUCUUGAGGAAGAAGCGGAGCGAGAAGAUGAAUCAUCUAAUUCUCUUGACGAGACGUCGACGCAGAUAUCAAGUGACUCGGAGGAUAGCGAUGACGAAAUAUUUUGA